AUGCUGUUUACUUCAAUGUCAAACGCUUCUACUUCUUCUGCGGCUACUGGGCUCUCUUUUGCAUCAACGACGACCACCACCACUGUCACCACCACCACCACUACUACCACAACCACCAGUGGCUUUACCUUGAACCUAAGGUCACUGACAUCAUCUGGGAUUAAUAACAUUUUUCCAGUUGGUAUUAAUUCCCUACCAUUUACUUCGACUGUUAAUGCAAUUGUAACUCCCGUGAUGACAUAUGGUCAGCUGGAGGGUCUGAUAAACAAAUGGAGCCUUGAUUUAGAGGAUCAAGAGAAGUACUUUCUUCACCAGGCCACUCAGGUCAAUGCUUGGGACCAUACACUGAUUGAGAAUGGUGAGAAGAUUACUACUUUACAUGGAGAAGUGGAAAAAGUGAAACUGGAUCAGCAAAGGCUGGAACAAGAAUUGGAUUUUAUCCUGUCAUGGCAGAAGGAACUGGAAGAUCUCUUGACCCCUUUAGAGGAGUUUGUGAAGGACCUGAGUGGGUCUGCUUAUCUGCAGCAUGCAGAUGAGGAGCAUGGAAAGACUUACAAAUUAGCAGAAAAUAUAGAUGCUCAGCUGAAACGAAUGGCCCAAGAUCUCAAGGACAUUAUCGAGCACCUGAAUACAUUUGGAAGUCCUGCUGACACUAUUGACCCACUUCAGCAGAUCUGCAAGAUCCUGAAUGCUCAUAUGGACUCUCUACAGUGGAUUAAUCGGAAUUCAGGCAUGCUGCAAAGGAAAGGAGAAGAGGUAACAUGGGUUUUUGAGGAUCAUCGUCGCGCAGAGCAAGAACACAAUAUCAGAAUUGCUUUUGACUGA